UUUGAUGAAACAGCGAGGAGACGAGCAGCUCGGACAACCGAAGUGGAAUUUAUGGAUUAAAAUUCAAGAUAAAACUGGAUUCAAAUCUGUUUUUUUUUUCAUGGAACACGUGAACGUAAAGAAGAGGAAACUCUACGCCCUGGUAUCAUAACUGGUGGAUUUUGUAUAUAUUUUGUUAGCUCUACGGAGCAGCACUGUAAGCAUUUCCCCGUUGACCAUUAGCGGUUAGCUUUUGUUUGGUUGGUUUUCAUAUUGUGUCGAGGUAACGUAAGCUAAUCUGGAGGUGUAGCAUGUUAGCCUCGGUGUUGGCUAACUAGGUAACAGUUAUUCGAUAAAUUUCGUUUUACAAACAACAUUUUCAAGCUGUAACAGCGACAACGUCAAAGUUGUGGACUUGCGGAGCCUGUCACAUUGUUUCAUGGACGCUUUGGGGAGCUCGGUAGUGUUUGUCUUGGCUUUUGAAGAACUGCUCCUGUAAGGCAAACAUCACCCACACGGACUCAUGCUCGGGAAACCCCAGGCCCGCUUCGAGCUACAUUAGCGGCUUGUAGCGCGGCGGCCGGGGCUUUCCACCAAGGACCAUUUACUACGGACUUGUAAAAAUUCUCUAUUCUGCUUGGACUCUUGUUGGAUUUUGUGGCAUCCUAAUGUGUUUUAUCGGACUCUAAAGAACUGUCGGGUACACUGCGCCGCUCAAUGGCGCUCUGGCCUUACAUCUCAAUUAUUUUUCUUUCGCAAUAACACGGACUCUGUCGUCAUCUGCGACAUAAACCCUUUCCUAUUUAGUCCCUUAUUUGUCCGCUGUGUAUUCAGUGAAUAUAAAGAAGGUUUACUAAUUAAAGUCAGCAGAUUUAGCCUCCUGUGUGUAGUGUUAACGCUGUUUGAUUUGGUUAUAUCACAGGCCUGUGUUGUUCUCCUCUUGUGCUUGGUUAAUUUAAGUUACUAGACCUGUAAAAAUGUCGUGUGUUCACUAUAAGUUUUCUUCCAAACUGGAAUAUAACACAGUCACUUUCGAUGGGCUGCAUAUUACCCUCAGCGAGCUAAAGAGGCAGAUCAUGGGCCGAGAGCGCCUCAAGGCCACAGACUGCGACCUGCAGAUCACCAAUGCGCAGACUCGAGAAGAAUACACAGAUGAUGACGCCCAUAUCCCGAAACACUCAUCCGUGAUCGUCCGCCGCAUUCCGAUUGGUGGAGUAAAGCCUGCUGGCAGGACGUUCAUUGUAGAUCGUUCUGACACAGCUGUGGUGGGAUCUUCUAGACCCACUGAUUCUUCUCCUUCUUUGUCACUUGCCCAACUCGCUAAGACUGCUAACCUGGUCGAUGCAAAUGCGUCAGAAGAGGACAAGAUCAAAGCCAUGAUGACCCAGUCAAAUCAUGAAUAUGACCCCAUACAUUACUCCAAGAAAGCAGUAGGACCUCCACCUGCACACUACACCUGCUUUCGUUGUGGAAAGGCUGGUCAUUACAUUCGGCAGUGCCCUUUAUUGAUGGUCCAGGAUAAAAGUGUGGAAGGUCCAAAGCCUGUAAGAACUAGUAAGGGCAUCCCUCAGAGCUUCAUGGUGAAAGCAGAGCCAGGCACCAAGGGAGCCAUGCUAACCAGCACUGGAGAAUAUGCUAUACCUGCAAUAGAUAAGGAGGCGUAUGCACAAGGAAAGAAGGAGCGGCCACCGUUCGUUCCACACGAUCAGUUGUCAUCUGAAGAUGAUGCAGACCCAAUCCCGGAUGAGCUCCUGUGUCCGAUCUGCAAUGACCUGAUGACUGAUGCCGUAGUUAUCCCCUGCUGCGGAAACAGCUACUGCGAUGAGUGUAUCAGAACUACUUUGUUGGACUCGGAGGAGCACAUCUGCUUCACAUGCAAACAGUCCGAUGUUUCACCUGAUAAUCUCAUUGCCAACAAGUUUCUACGACAGGCUGUGAAUAACUUCAAGAACGAGACUGGAUACACCAAACGUGCUCGCAAACAGGUCCAGAGUGCAGCCCCGCCUCCGCCGCGCCCUCACCUGGUCCAGCCUCUGCACUCGAGACAGCAGGACCCAUUGAUGCCCAGCAUCUCUCAGUCAGCUCCUACAAGCAUCCCCCCUUCAGCCCCUCAAGCACAGCUCCCAACCCCAGCACCUACACCUGUGCCUGCACCCACUCCUGCUACCCCUGUUGCUGCUCCAGCUGCUGCUCCUACUCCUCCGCAUGCAGCUGUUGCUGCUACUGAAGAACAUGUGCCCUCACCAGCCCCUGCACCAGCUGUUGACCACCAAUCUCCUUUGCACUCUACCAGCCAGGGUGAACCACCUCCACCAGGAGAGCCAGAGUCAGAACCUGCUGUGGCACCAGACACAUCCAAAACAGCUGACAGUGGAUCACAGGGCUACCAUUCAAACUUCGUUGGCCACCAGGCAUCUAUGAGACAAGCUCAUUCAUCAGGUCACCAGUCACGGCCGCACCACUCUAACAGAGGAGGAGGCAGACACUGGGAGAGAUCUUACAGAAAUAGAGGGGAGCAUCCUGCCACUCAGCUCCAUACAGCUCCACCCCCUGCACCUGUUCCUCCAGUGUACCCAGCUCCAUCCUUGUACCCACCCCCGCCGCAGCCAUACCCCCCUCCAUACACUUCUGGCCCUGGACUCAUCCCUCCUAAUGCCCUCACUUUCCAGCCACAGCCUGUUUUUGCCCCUGGACCACCAGUGCUCAAUGCUCCCUGGGUGGCUCCUGGUGCUCAGCCUCCUCUUCUCCCUCUCCCUCCUUCCAUUCCACAGCCACCCCUCUCUAAAGAGGAAUUCUACAGACAGCGGCACCACCGACAGGACAACAGAGUCACCUCCAAACUAGAUGAAUUUACUAAAGACUUCCACAAAGAGCUUAUGAAGUACAGAAAUGCACCGAAGAGACGGAGACCAUCCUAUUCCAGGUCACGCUCAUACAGUCGCUCUCCAUUCAGCCGUUCCCCUUACUCUCGCUCUAGAUCCAGAUCAAGAUCUCGAUCAAGAUCCAGAUCUUAUUCCUAUUCCCCCAGUAGAUCACGCUCCCGAUCACGCUCCCAUGGCCGGUCUUAUCCACGCUCCCCUUAUUCCAGACGCAACGGACGCAGCUAUGGACGCUCACGUUCAAGGUCCCGCUCUCGUUCAAGAUCCUUUGGGUAUCGGCGCUCUGGCUCGCCGAGGACUCCUCCUUCCUACCGGGGAGGAGCCUGGGAGGGACCAGAGGGAGCAGGACCCUACAGGUCAAGGUCUCGCUCUCCUGGUGGGUACAGGAGUCGAAGCCCUGGUGCACGAAAGCCACCUCCACGGGAGCUUGAACCAUAUGAACUAAAGAGUUUAAGUCCUGGAGGCCGUGAGCGCUGGGAGAGAGAGAGGUAUCGACAGUGGGAGAAGCAGUACGCAGACUGGUACAACAAAUACUACAAAGACUAUGAAAACCAGCAUUCCUCACUGCAUCACAGAGGACGCAGCAGCAGAGACAGAGAGAGGGACAGAAUGUCUCCCUUACCCAGAGAUUACUCCCCCCAGGGGAGGGGGAGAAGGGGGAGAGAGGAAAGAGGUCCUCCACCUCAUCCACCCCACCCACCUCACCAUCCUCCAGCCUCUUCCUCAUCUGGGACCAAGUCCAGCACCAAAGUCCUGAAGACAAAGAAAGUCAAAAAGAAGAGGGCUGGGGAGGAUCCAGAGCUGUCACAUUCAAUGGACAGAGGUGAUGCUACACCCGUCAGAGAUGAACCAAUGGAUGAAACUCCUUCACUUGUUAAAACACCUCCCACCAAGUCUUCAAGUGGAACUGCAACCACUAAAGCUCCAGCCUCUAAAAGUUCAGCUUCAUCUUUGAAACCCUCAACCAAAGCAACAUCGAAGACUCAGACAGAUAAGACGAAAAAAGAGAAGACUCAGAAGGUGAAAGCUAAAGUUAAGACAGAGGGUGUAAAGGCAAAGAGUGACAAAGUGAGGAAAAAGACCACAGAAGGAGUGGCCACCAAAAAGAAAGAAUCCUCCUCUUCCUCCUCCUCUGCUGUCUCUAAACCUUUGAAACCUGUCAAAAAAUCAGAAGAAGCUCCCAACUCCACCACCCCUAAAAAGGAGAAGAGUAAGAGCUCUACAGCGAGGCCGGCCCUCAUUAAGACUCCUCCUCUGCCCUCCCACAGCCUCCCUCUACAUCACCCUGCCCUUCAUGAUGGCCCUCGACUCAGCCACGACAUCCGGGGGAGAAGAGAUCUCCCCCAGGGUGGUGGUCUCCUCCCUAUCCCCCAUCAGCAUGGACUCCCUCUCCUUCACAGACCCACCUCCCCUGUGGAGUGUAGGAGGAGGAUGGGAAUGGAGGGUCGUGGUUUCCUUGGACCUCCUCCUGGAAAGCUGAGGAGAAUAGACGGAUUAGUAGGUGACGCCAUGCCCCUCUCACACUUGUCCCAUCAGCCCCCCCUUCACAGACUCCCACCCCCCUCAGAAAGGCCCGGUCUUCUUCCUUUGCCUGGGACCCGUGAGAUGAGCCGGGAUGAUGCAGAUCGAGCAUCAAUCAGGCCUCUGAUGGACCUUCAGGUGAAGCCUCUGGCCCAGAGGAGGAUAAAGCUGAAUAGAGACAUGGGGAGAAAAGGCAGCACUGACACACCACCCUCAGACAGAACGCCAUCUGGUCCUGAGAAAACGACUUCUACCUCAGAUCGAUCUGCUUCUCACACUUCUGAUGGAGAGCGACCCAGCAGCAGCACAGCGGAAAGUGCUGGAAGGAAGGAGCGACCGUCGUCUGCUGAGAGGGGAGUCUCCAGAGAAAGACCAGGAAGUGCUGGUGAAAGACUUCAGGGCUCCGACAGAGAGCAGAACAGAAGCUCAGGACAGGACAGAGAGCGAGAUAGAGCUCCAGGAUCAGAUCGGGAGAGAGACAGAGGCGGGGUGUCUGACAGAGAGAGGGACCGGGUCUCUGGUUCGAGCUCACACAAGGUUUCAGUUACAGUGGAGAGAAAUGCUGACGGAGAGAGGUCAGUGAAGACGGAACGAAAGAGCUCCAGUGCAGGAGGGAGAUCUGUCUCUCUGGAUAAAAUGACCAUCGGGGAGAAAUCUGCUGUCACCAGGAGAGCAGCAGAGCAUCAGGAGAAACCAAGCGUAACCUCCAAAGAGAGAGGGGAGGGGUCAGAAAGAGCUGCUAAAUCUGACAGGAGUGUUUCCAAGGACAGAGCAGAGAAGAGUGUGCCCUCAGGAGAGAAACUGGCUCCUGCUCACCGUGAAGCAGUGAGAGAUGGUGAGGAACCUGUUGUGAAACGCAAACCGAGGAUCAGCCGUAAAGUCCUGACGAGCAGUGCAGCCAGCUCAGUGAGCUCUAGGUCAACUCAAGAAACUAAGCAGGACCCAGACAGAGACCAAAAGAGUGUCUCCUCCAAAUCCACAGAGGAGCUGCCAUCCAGCCCUGUGGACAGCAGAGACCGCAGCCCAACCGUCAGUCCCCCAGUCAGCCCAGCCAGAGAUGAGCCGCUCAUCCAACCUCCUCCUCGCUCCAAAUGGGAAAGAGAGGAUGACGAAGAGGGUCAGGAAAAUGGACUUAGUGCUCCUAAAGAGCCGUCACCAAUACCACAGAGGAGCCGAGGCAGAGAAGUGCAGUCUGAAGCACCAAGACCUGUCAGGAGUGAAGUCAGGGAGACCACAAGGGAGGAGAGAAGAGGAGUCGUUAGAGAGGAGAGAAAAGGGAGAGCACAGAAAGAGGAGGGAAGAAGUGGCAGGACAGCACAGACAACUUCUGAUAAACCAAAAAUAAAGCUAGUGAGGGAUGAUGGGAGAGGAGCAAGAGAAGAAGGGAGAGCUGCAACAAGAGAGGAGGGGAGAGGAGUGACAGUAAAGGAGGAAAGGGCAGCAGAAGGGAGAGGUGGAGGAGGACGAGAGGAGACUCGGGGCCCGGAGCCCAGGAGACAGCGUCUUUGUUCUGAUCUGGGCCGUGAGACAGACGAGGCUGCGUUUGUUCCCGACUACAGCGAAGGAGAGGGGUCAGAGCCGGAGAGAGGAAGGAGUGACAGCCCCAGCCCCUCCCUCAGCCAGCCCUCCCACAGUCCCACCCUGAGCAACCACAGCGGCUCAGGAACCACCACUACUACCACCACAGACAAGAAGAAGAAGAAACACAAGAAGCAGAAAAAACACAAAAAGCACAAGAAGCACAGCAGCCAGGACAAAGAAGGGGAACACAAGGGACACAAGCAUAAACACAAGAAGAAGAAACGCAAAAAGAACAAAGACAAAGACAUGGAGGAAGAGGAAGAGAAGAUGGAUAAAGCAGAGGAAGGGGCUCCAUCCUAACAGGGGCAACAAAAAAAAAAAAACUAACCUUGAGAUAAUGAUGUAUCUAGGAAUAAUGGCUAACAAUGUCAUGCUGCUCUAUGUGCCACUCGAAGGGAAAAAUGAAACGUCUCUUUGACAGUCUGCGACUCUGAAGGAGGGCUGUGUGACUGUUACUUUACACACUUCAUGUCACUGCAGGACCCAUACACUCACAUGGUACUUUGUUGUGCCUGACUCACAGCUGCUCAAGUUUCCUUAAGUGUUCAAUUUGAGCCUCUUUGGUGACUUUAGGUCAGGAAUGACUGGAAAGACAUGCUGUGCUGCACUAUUGUGAUCAGCCUAGAGUGAGCCAGAAAGGACUGGAAGAUAAUAACUGAUCACACAGCUGUCUGUCCAAACGAUAGGAAUAAAAAACCACUGUACUCAGGGAUGUGAUUGCUUCUUUGCAGAGGAGGAAUUGCUUUUUCUCUGUAUGAUUCAUUUGUAAAUAGCAAUGAACUGUUGCUGCACAUAAUAAUUUUUCCUGUUUGUUUUGCUCACAUCCCUGUGUGCUGUUUAAGACUUAAACGCUGAGUAACCUUCACUGCAGAGAGGAUUUUUCAAAGCUCUUUUUCAAGGAUUUCUAGGUGUUGUGCAUAUUGUAGCACAUUAACUACAAAUCAUGUACAUUAUCAGUUUCUGCUCACCAUUUCUACAUUGUUAAUCUCAUUUGUAUGCAGCCAUCAGUUCCAGUCAAAGCCAGUGCAGUGGUGGUUUGUUGUGACUGAAGUGAUGUGAAAAAAAGAAUGAGAACAUAAGAUAGCUAGGCAAAAUUUAAUCUCUGCAAAUAUAGCAUUUAUAAUCCAGUUAACACCUGCAGCAUUAAGAAGCUCUUAGGAAAUGGUCCGCGGUAAAGAAUUUGUGAUUAAUGUGCUAACAGCAGCAAAAACACCAGAAUGGUCCUUAAGUUAAAUCAAACCUUUAUGCAUUCAUGCAACACUGGAUUGUAAACAUCUAGGAUGUGUUAAUUAAUAAUUGAAAAUCAAUCUGCAUGUUUUUUGUUCCAAAGGUGCAGUAGUUGUCCAUCACGUUGUCCGAUUGAGUGAAUGUGUGUGAGGUGGUGUGAAAGGGAAGUGUGACUUUGGGGCAAAGUGGAGGACUAAUGUUCUUACAAAUGAGUUCUUUUUUUUUAAUUAAAAUGUUUUGACCUCAUGAAACUGUCAGAGUUUUAUUUUAAUCAGUGAGCUGUUUAAUGACCGCACAAAUGAAGGUUACACUGAUGCACUGUCAUCAAACAUUUGGGCUUU